AUGAAGGAGCGAAUUUACUCUAGUUUUCUUCUUUUUGUUAGCCUUUUUUUCCUUGUUACUUUCAGUGUUGAAGCUGGGACUUGCAAGCCUAGUGGCAAGAUAAAAGGGAAAAAGCCACCUCCAGGACAAUGUGACACAGGGAACGACUCCGAAUGCUGUAAGGAGGGUAGAUAUUACACCACUUACAAAUGUUCACCCGCAAUUUCAUCCUCACGUCGUACAAAAGCAACCCUAACAAUCAACAGUUUUGAGGAACAUGGUGACGGCGGUGGAAAAUCUGAGUGUGACAACAAGUACCAUUCAGAUGACGAUCCUGUAGUGGCACUUUCAACAGGAUGGUACAAUGGAGGGAGUCGAUGCUUAAAGUAUAUUAAAAUCCAUGGUAACGGGAAAAGUGUAAAAGCCAAGGUUGUUGACGAGUGCGACUCAACAAGGGGAUGUGAUUCAGAUCAUGAUUAUCAGCCUCCAUGCCCCAACAAUAUUGUGGAUGCUUCAAAAGCCGUUUGGAAAGCCUUGGGAGUGCCUGAAAAAGACCGGGGCGAAAUGGAUAUCUACUGGUCUGAUACUUGCAAGCUUAGUGGCAAGAUAAAAGGGAAAAAACCUCCUCCAGGACAAUGUAACACAGGGAACGAUUCUGAAUGCUGUGAGGAUGGUAAAUAUUACACCACUUACAAAUGUUCACCCACAAUCUCAUCCUCAGGUCGUACAAAAGCAACCUUAACAAUCAACAGUUUUGAGGAACAUGGUGACGGCGGUGGAAAAUCUGAGUGUGACAACAAGUACCAUUCAGAUGACGACCCUGUAGUGGCACUUUCAACAGGAUGGUACAAUAAAGGAAGUCGAUGCUUAAAGUAUAUUAACAUCUAUGGUAACGGGAAAAGCGUAAAGGCCAAGGUAGUUGAUGAGUGCGAUUCAACAAUGGGAUGUGAUUCAGAGCAUGAUUAUCAGCCUCCAUGCCCUAACAAUAUUGUGGAUGCUUCAAAAGCCGUUUGGGAAGCCUUGGGAGUGCCUGAGAAAGACCGGGGCGAAAUGGAUGUCUACUGGUCUGAUGCUUGA